AUUUACUUCGUCCACAAACACAACACCCGUAUCACACUUGGACUCUUUCUCUCUCUGUCUUCCAUCGGCAGCGGCAGCCUUCAAGAACAAACAAAAGGGUGGUUAUAUACAGAGAGACAAAGGAGAACCAACCCAUAUAUAUAAUACAUAUAUACGUAGUUUUUGAUUUACGAUAAUGGAGAAAAAAGUUCUUGAUUACGUGUUAGUUCCUUCGGGCCUUUUUGUAAUGGUGACAUACCACAUAUGGCUCCUCUAUCAAAUCCUGAAGCACCCCAACAGGACUGUCAUCGGCAUCAAUGCCGUCAUUCGCCGCUUCUGGGUCCGGGCUAUGAUGGAGGACGUGUCAAAGAGUGGUGUUCUGGCUGUACAGACACUGCGAAACAAUAUAAUGGCAUCGACCCUUUUGGCUUCCACGGCGAUAAUGCUUAGCUCCGUAAUUGCGGUCCUGAUGACGAGCGGCAGCUGGGACAAAUCGGCACUUCUUGUGUUGGGAGACAGAAGCCAGCUCGGCUUCUCCAUAAAGUUCUUCUCCAUUUUGGUGUGCUUCUUGGUUGCUUUCCUUUUCAACGUCCAGUCUAUAAGGUGCUUCAGCCAUGCAAGCAUCCUCAUCAACGUGCCCUUCAAGAAGAUGUCAUCAGAUCACCACUACCAGCAUCUCACUGCCGAGUAUGUUGCCAGGAUGGUGAACAGGGGCAGCUAUUUCUGGUCUUUAGGCUUGCGUGCCUUUUACUUCUCUUUCCCUCUCUUCUUGUGGAUCUUUGGGCCCAUCCCCAUGUUUCUGUCCUGCUUUGUCCUCAUUUUCUUGCUCCAUUUCUUGGAUGCCACAUUGGAAUCUGGGUGGGCUGCUUCUGUUUCUGAUAAUGACCUCCACAACGACAAGGAGCUUGGGGAAGCUUGAAAAAUUGGUCACGGAAUUGGAUUAGGAUUCACAGCAAUUAUCUGUUGAGAGACCCAUAUGAGAUUUGUCUGCCCAAAUAAAUUUUCUCAUACGUAUAGGGUCUCUCACGUUACCAGCCUAAAUUACUAGUAAUUUGAAUAGGUAAUUGCUGUGAAUGUUUAUCCGAGGUAGAUUGGGAUCCACUGAAGUAUAUAGGGUAGCAUAUAGCAUGCUAUAGCAACAAGAUUAGAUAAAAAGAAAGAGUGUGCCAAGAGAAUAAGAGCAAUUUCAGUUCAACUCAAGUUGAAUUUUAAGUUGCACAUCAAGUUUUUUUAAAAUUGUAUCUUAAACAAGCGUACCUUUUUGGCAUGCUGUUUUAAUUUUAGUCUCUUUAUAAUAUUUUUCAA